AUGUUGGAAAGUGGAUCCAUGGCCGCCCUGGCUGUCGUCUGCAGCUGGCUACUGGUGUAUGGUGCUGCUGAAGGUGUUGGCGGCAAGCAGUUCUCCAGAACAGGAUACCCACAAGUGCCCUGGUUGAGAGGCGGCUUCCCGGCGUCUCGGGGAGAUGAGUUUAAACAGAACAAAGCAACCAGCAAUGUCUGGUGGCCGCUGCCAGGUGGCAACCGAAAUCCAUCUGCCAGAGCUCAGGACAGGACCGGAGACGAGAGGGGAGAAUCAGGGCCGACUGCAGGAGUCCCUAGUUCUAGAGGGGCUGGUUUUGGCCAGGCCAACAGACGCUAUCGCCGAGACUACGGGGGCCUAGACAACCAAGGAUUCUAUCCUGGGGCUCCCCUCUGGGGGUCAGGCUUAGGGUAUGGACGCCCCGGCGGUGAUUACGGGCGCGACUUUGGUUACCAAUCAGACGGUUGGCGCUCUAAGUAA